UUUUCUUAAUGAAAAUAGUGUUUUGUUAAAAUAUUUUGUAAUAAUCAUAACAAAUUUGGAAAUAAUAAAAGAAUAGAACAAAAUAUUUCACAAAUUUUCAUCAAAAAACAAAAUGUUAAAAUUCAUAUCAGAUGUUUUUGAAAGAUCGAAGUUUCUCUUUCAUAUCGAAAAAAUAUAUAAAACAAUAGAUGUUAAGUGAACGAGCUUGCCGAAUGAAGUAACAAGAAGUGUAUUGUCAUUUUGUUAUGCUUUUUAAUACUUUUUUUAAGUACAAAUUACAAACACAAUAAUAAAAAAAAUCAAUUAAAAAAAAAGACUAUUUUAAAUUUUAUUUCUAUUAAAAAUUUUACAAAAAAAUAUAAAAAGAAAUGCCGUAUAAUUUAAAUUUGACAAUUUUGUGAUAACUUUUUCCUUUUUUGUUGUUUUUGUUUGUUUACAAAAUUUUUUAUUAUAAAAUGAACUGUGAAUGUUCUUAACAAUAAGUAAAACAAAAAUACAAAUUUUUAAUCAAAUUUAAACGUAAUUCCAAUUGUAAUAAAAACAUAAAAUUAAAAUAAAUUUUUGAAAAAUAAUUAAGGAAAAUAUUAAUAGAGAAAGAAAAAAAAUGGAUAAAAAAUUUGCUAAUAUUUUGAUUCUUGGAUUCGGAUUCAUGUUCCUUUUUACAUCAUUUCAAACUAUGGGUAAUAUACAGAAAACUGUACUAGAUAGCAUUAAAAGUGAAGGUUUUGAAGCUGACGGUUACACAAGUUUAGCAAUUGUUUAUACAGCAUUUUCACUAUGCAAUUGGUUGGCACCAUCAUUUUUGUCUUUUAGUGGCCCAAGAGGUGCAAUGUUAAUUGGUGGUACAACAUACUGCUUAUUUAUAUUAACAUUUCUCUGGCCUAAAACAUGGUUAUUAUAUUUAGCAAGUGGUUUACUAGGGGCUGGUGCAUCAAUAACAUGGACCGGUCAGGGUACAUUUUUAUCAAGAUGCAGUAAUACAAAAACAAUAUCACGUAAUUCUGGUAUAUUUUGGGCAAUGUUACAAAUGAGUAUGUUUUUUGGUAACUUAUUUGUUUACUAUCAAUUUCAAGAUAAAGAUAUAAGUGAUGAAUCAAGGACGUUAGUUAUUGGUGUAUUAAUAGCUGUUGCGGUAUUAGGUUUAAUAUUUUUAGCUGCAUUACGUCCAAUACCAGAUAAUCAAACAUCAAAUUCAGAAUUACAAGAAAAUAAAAAUGCAAUUGAUAUUGCAUUUGAUGCGUUAAAAUCUGCAUGGAAAUUAUUUUUAACUAAAGAUAUGAUCUUGUUAAGCUGGACAUUCUUUUAUACUGGAUUGGAACUAUCAUUUUUUAGCGGUGUUUAUGGAUCAUCAAUUGGUUUUACAGAAAAAAUUGCAGAGAAACCAAAACAAAUUGUUGGUUUAGCUGGUAUAUUUAUUGGUCUUGGUGAAGUAAUUGGUGGUGGAUUAUUUGGAUUACUUGGGAGUAAAACAACAAAAUAUGGACGUGAUCCAAUUGUUAUAAUGGGUUUUAUAAUACAUGCAAUAUCAUUUUUUUUAAUAUUUAUGAAUUUACCAAAUGAUGCGCCAUUUACAAAUACAGAAAAUGUCGGUUAUAUUAAUCCACCAUUAGCAUGGUUAGCAUUAGUAGCAGCGUUCAUGUUAGGUUUUGGUGAUGCAUGUUUUAAUACACAAAUAUAUUCAAUGCUGGGUGGUGUUUUUGUUAGAUCAUCAGUUGAAGCUUUUGCUUUAUUCAAAUUUACUCAGUCUGUUGCUGCAGCAAUAAGUUUUUAUUAUUCAUCACAUUUAGGAUUACAUGCUCAAUUAUCAAUAUUAUUAGUAUUUUCAAUAAUCGGAACUGGAUGCUUUUGUAUUGUUGAAUGGGCUAAUAAACGUCGUUUGAAGCAAAUUAAAACUGAACAGGAGGAAUAUGAUGAUGACAAUAAUUUGUCAAAUAAUAGAUCAAAAAUAAACCAUGAUGAUAGUACCAGUAGUAACUCAUAAAGUGACGGAAGUAUAGUAAAAAAAAGUUAUUAUAAUGUUUAUAAUAUUUAAAAGGCAAAGUUACAAUUAAGAGUUUUAGUAAAUGAAAAAAAAAUAUUGUAAAUAGUUUUUCAAAAAAAUAAUUUCAUUAUUUAUUUCCGAAAGAAAAUGAGGAGGAGUAUUUAAUUAUUGAUGGAAAUAAUUUUUUAAAGAAUAUUUUAAUUUAUAUAAAUAAAACUUUGUUAUUUGACUAUUAAAAUUUUAUAAUAAUAUUUCCUAAUUUUUCAUGCUUUUAUUCAAAACCAAAAUAUAUAUAAAAUAAAAAUAAAUUUAUUUUUAUUUUAUAUAUAUUGUAAAAUGAAAAGAGAAUAUAACUUAAAUUGCAAUAAUUAAUUCCUUAUACGUAUUUAUGAUACGAUUGCGAUUAAUUGAAAUUUCAAUUUAAAUUAUACUCAGAACAGCUUCAGGAGUAAUUAUUAUUAUAUCGAGCACAUUUUGCAGGUUAAAAAUAGAUAAUAAUAGAAUUUGAUUCAAUGAACUUUCUUUUCUUUUUCGUUGUUAAAAUUAUUUACUUCAAUUACUACAAUAUUUAAUACAAUUACUAGUACUGCUUUCAUAAUUUAUUUUAAUUCGAUCAUUAUCACUUAAAAAAGAAAAUAAUAAGUAAACACCAUUCAAAUUGAAUUGUGUGAACAACUUAACAUAUAAUAUUCUUAAUAUUUUGUCAUUUACAAUAUUCUAUUCUUUUUUUUUACUUUUUUUCUUAUUUUAAGAAGAAUUUAUUAUACGAAACGUACUCUUAAUUAAUCCAGAAUUUAAGUUUAUCCACGUACGUAAAUGAUCGAAUAAUAUAAAAUUAAAUAUUGAUAUUAAUUUAUUAUAACUAUUAUUUAAUAAUGUUUAUAAUUUACUUAUUAACUAGCUAUACAUUAUAUAAACAAUCUAUAAUUGCUCCUCUUUAACUAAUUUAGUCUAAUAUAAAUUAACCAAAUGUAAAGUAGAAUAACUCAGACAGUUUGAAUUAAUUUGAAAAAAAAUUAUAAAUUAACCAAAUGUAAAGUAGAAUAAUUUUAUUUAUAUCUUUUCAUAAUAAUUUAAGAUUAGUUAGAACCGCCCUAAUCGAAAACAUCAUAUAAGAGCAUCCAACUAAAAAUAAAUUCAUAAAUUACGAAAUUCUAAAUUUAUUUAGCUGUUAACAUUAAUGCAAUUUGUUCUACAUAUUUAAAUUUAGGUUACAAUUUAAAAACUUACUUGAACUACGGGUAACGAGAAAUAAAAUUUCUUGCUACGCGCAGAGUCUUAAAUGGCUAUUAACAUUUUAUAAAUAUUCCAGUGAUAUUGCUCUAUUUUGCAUUUAUAUUAUAAACAAGAAAACUUCAAUUUCGUUUUGUGUCUGUAAAUCAUUACAUUUCAAUCAUAAUUAUUGUUUCGGUUGAAAAUUUUGUAUAUAAAAAAUAAUUAUAAUUUUUAUAUCAAAUAAUUUAUAGUAUUUAAACAAAAAGACAACUGUUUUAUAUUAAAUAUAAUAUAUUAAAUAUGCCAUUCCUUAUUAUAUGGAACCAAUGAAUAAUUGUUUUAUGGAAAACUGCUAUGAAAGUCGGCUUUAUUUAAAAAAUAAGGAAAUAAAUUUGAAUUAAAAUAAAAAUAAAAUUUUUUCUUUUACAGUAAGGAAUAACAUUUCAAAUGUUGGUAAUAAAAAAUA